AUGCAUGUGGAAAGAUUAAGACCUCAAAUAUUUCGGGAUUCUUAUAAUGUUGGGACAUCUUACGAUGGUUUUAGUCCGGGAAGUUCUGAGUAUGACAGGAGUUUGGCUACUUCUCGCGUUUACGAAAGAACACGGAUACAUACUUUAGCAGCGGAACGACAAACGGUCCAAAAAAAGACGUUUACGAAGUGGGCGAACACAUUUUUGAGAAGAGUAGGAAUCGAAAUAUAUGAUUUGUUUUUGGAUUUACGUGAUGGAAAAAUUUUAUUACAGCUAUUGGAAAUACUUUCUGGAAUUAAGAUGCCCAGUCCAACUUUAGGAAGGAUGAGAAUCCACUGUUUAGAGAACAUAGAUAAAUCUCUUUUCUUUCUAAGUAAUUUUGGAGUUCACUUAGAAAAUAUUGGGGCACAUGAUAUUGUUGAUGGUAAUGCACGGAUUACACUCGGACUAUUGUGGAUGAUCAUUCUUCGUUUUCAAAUUCAGGAUAUUAUAUUUUUGGAGAAAGUCGAUCCUUUAGGAAUCAAGAGUGAUGUGCGACGGUAUUCAAAGGAAGCCUUGUUAUUAUGGUGUCAGCUGAAGACUGCAGGUUAUAGGAACGUUGACGUACAGAAUUUCACAACUAGUUGGCGUGAUGGUUUGGCUUUCAACGCUCUUAUUCAUAAACAUCGUCCAGAUCUGGUCAAUUUUGAUGAAUUAUCAGUAAAUACACCACUGCAAAAUUUGGAGUCUGCUUUUAUAGUUGCGGAAAAAAAGUUGGGCAUAUCCAGGCUCUUUGAUCCUGAAGACAUAUAUGUUCAACAGCCAGAUGAAAAAUCCAUUGUUACAUACGUCGCUACAUAUUAUCAUUACUUUUCAAGGAUGAAAUCAGAAACUGUUCAUGCUCGCCGUUUAGAAAAGUUUAUUACUUACUGGCGCGAUCUCCAAAGUUCUUUCAACUGGUACGAAAGGCGUGCAUCAGAUCUUUUGUCAUGGAUCGCCAAAACAGUUUUAUGGUUGAAUGAUCGCCGUUUCCCCAAUCAAGUUGAAGAAAUUCAACAAAUUAUGGUCUCAUUUAAAGAAUAUCGUCUUCAAGAAAAGUCAGAUAAGUUCAGUGAUAAAGGUGAGCUUGAGGCUCAUUUUCUUUUAACACGUUCAAAAAUGAGAACGCUAGGACUUAGAAACUAUAUACCAUCUACAGAAGCACAAAUAUCGCAGCUCAAUCGCGCAUGGAAUGCCUUAGAGAAAGCUGAGUAUGGACGUGAAUUAGCAUUGAGAGAAGAGCUUGACAAGCAAAAGCGUUUAUUGCAUUUGUUUUCACGUUAUGAAAAGAAAGCUAAUCUGAGAAAAGCUUGGAUUAAUGACAAUUUCAAAUUAGUUGAGGUUUGCGAUGAUGAUACGAACUUAGCAAUGACUGAAGCCUCAUUAAAAAAGUAUGAAGCCUUAAAAGCUGAUAUUUAUGCAUAUUUCGAUAGAAUACAGACAAUUCAACAAAUUGCUGAUGAACUCAUUGGCAACAACUUUUUUAAACAAGAUGUUGUUUCUAAAGUUCAAAACGAAAUUCAGAGUAUGUGGGAUCAGCUCUUAAAAGUAAUGAAUGAAAGAUACAAAAUUCUGGAAAACAGAAAAAUUCUUUUUAAAAAAUUUUCAGAAACAGAUUAUCUUAUGGAAUCUAUACAAUCACUUUUAUCUAAAUUACAAAUCGAUAAAUUUGGUAAUCAUUUAGCUGCUAUCGAAGAACGUUUAAAACAGUAUGAAUUGAUUGAAACAGAUAUACGUUCAAUUCACCGAAAUAUAUCAGUCCUAUUUGAAUUAGAAUCUCAAAUUGAAUACUCUCCAGAAUUAUUUGGUUUCAAAACAAAUAUUGUGGUAGUUGAAAUUAAAAAGCAAAACAAUCUGUUAAAGGAUGCCUAUUCACAACUUGUACAAUUAGUGGAAUCUAAGAGACAGUCUAUAGAAUUUUCGAAACUCUAUCAUAGUUCAGAAAAUGAAUUAGAUGAACAACUAAUUUCAAUACAGGAACGUAUAUCAUUCUUGCAAAAAAGUGAAACAUUAGUUGACAACGGUAAUAUUGAUGUUUUCUUUAGACGACAUAAAACAGCUGAAUCUGAAUUAGAAACACAAAGAUUGGUCAUCACCAAACUAUUUGAACGAACUUCACGUUUAAUUGAAGAAGAAUGCCCGAAUUAUGAAACUUUAAAACAAAAAGUGUCAAGCGUUGAAAGAGCCUGGGAACAACUGAUAAAUUUAAUGGCUAAACGUAAAACCAAUUUAUUAUUUAUGAAAGAUUUGCGUUCUUUUGUGUUGAGUUGUGACGAUGCUGAUACAUGGAUAUCUGAAAAAUAUGAACUAAGUUCAAGUACAAUGCAUCUUGCUAUGCAAACUGACAGUAGUUAUACCAUAGAAAAAUUGACAAAACAACAUCAAGAAACUAUAUCCAAUUUGGAUAACUUCCAAACCACUGUAGAUCAAUUGAAACUUCAAGCAGACGAGUUAUUAGGAUAUGUAGACUGUUUGUAUGUUUCAGCAGAUAAAGAUGUUCAAUCAAAAGAACUUAUUUCGGAGACUACCAUAAAAUCUAAGAGUGAGAUUGGAAAUUUAAUAAAGAAUAGAAUAAAAAGUCUCUUAGAUUCGUUUUCCGUUCUUAGUGGAUGUAUUCGUCAGACACAGUUACUUCUUUUGGACGCUGUAUCUUUACAUCAGCUAUUCCAAAUGGCUUCAUCAACGUAUAGCUGGAUCACUGAAAAAGAAGUUUACAUCCAACUGUUAAUAAUGGACGAUCUAAAAGAAGAAGAGUUUUCUAAGAUUAUCGAAGGUGAUGUCAGUACUAAUCAAGGGUUAAUUCAAAGAUUGGAAAUUGUUAAAAAUCGAUUUUCUGAUCUAGAAGAGCAAAUGAGUAUAGCAGCUGAGCAAGUAUCCACUGUGAACAUGAUGAUUGCUAAUUUUUUAAAUGAACCAAAAAGAGAUGAUCAAUCAUUAGUUAAUAAAGAAAUGACAAUAGAAAAAGUUAUCAAUCUACAGGAUCAUUUAAACUCUGCUUGGAAUAGAAUUGCUGAUACAGUCGAAUCACAUAGAGAUCGGAUUGUCGAAGAAUCAUUAUAUAUUAAUUUAUUCAUUGAAUGUAAAUAUACAUCUGAAUGGAUUGCCGAAAAAGAAGCAGUAUUAUUUUCAACCGAUUCCAUUGAUGCUAAUAGUUUAACUGGUUUGGUAGAAUUGAGAAGACGUUUGUUUAACUUACAAGGUGAUUUAAAAGCAAUUGAAGCACGUGUUCAAAAUAUUGGUGAACGUAUAGGAGAAUUGUUAAGAAUGGCAGAACAACAAGAAAUUGCAUACGAUGAACAAGAUAUAAAAUUAAAGUCUAAACGAAGAGCAGAUUACUUAAUGAAAGAACACAUGAAACUAACACAGCAGUGGCUUGAUUUAAAAGAAGCACUUAAACAAAGAGCUAAUCGAAUAUCUACUGAAGGUCAAGUUAAUCGUUUUCUUGAGAAACUUGAUUCAUUUCAAGAUUGGAUAAGAAAAUUGAAAACUGAUGUGUUUGUUCGGGAAUUUCCAAGUGAUUUACAGGAAACUGAAAAUCGUCUAACAGUUAUAGAACGAAGUGCUCAAGAAAUCAAAGAUUAUGAAAGUGAAGCAAAUCAACUAUUUGAAACCGGGAGACAAUUGCUUAAAGGUUACUAUGAUACACCUCAUAUUAUGUUAGGACAGCGGUUAGCCGGACUUGAAGAAGAUUGGAAAUCAAUUCAAAGUUCAAUGAUCAAUUGUACUACUCGACUUCAAGAACGUUAUGCUUUGCAGUGUUUCUUAGCUGAAUCUGCGUUACUUGAAGUGACUCUGGAUCAACAGGCUACGUUUUUGGCUAAAGAAGAAGCAUUAACAAAUCUAGAUGCUGUUCAUGAUAUUCAAAAACAAUAUGAAACAUUUCGUUUCUCUUUAUUGGCUUGUAAAGAUCGAGUUGAUGCUGCUUUAGAAUUAGGUAGAAGUGUAGCUGAAAAAAAUCCAGCAAAUCGUGAUCGUGCAUUAGCUAAAUGUGAAUUAUUUCAGCAAAGAUAUGAAGCUAAUAAAAUUAAAACAGAAGAACGAAUUGGAUAUUUACAAGAAAAAGCGCAACUUUAUGAAUUUUAUGAAGAAUUGGAAGAUUUUGAAGAUUGGAUUUUAGAUAAAACAAAUUGUCUUAUGGAAAUUCAAUUAGCAAUAAAACAACGAUCACAUUUAUCAUUUAGUCGUAUUAAUGCAUUUGAAGAAGAAAUUGAAAUGAAUCGAAAUCGUGGAGAUCAUUUUAUUGAAGUCGGUCGUAAACUUACAGAAGUUUAUCCACACCUUGAAAAUGAUGUGAAAAUUCGUUUGGAACGAAUGCAUACACGUUGGGAAGAAUUAGUUGACUUGGUUCGACAUAUUCUAAAUGUGAUAAGUCAAGAUAAUCGAGAAAAGUUAAUGAAAGAAGCAAUUCAUAAAACUGCUAUAUGGCUUAAUGUAAUGAAUGUUCAAUUGAAGAAACCAGAUAGUAAAUUAUCAAUUGACCAAGUCGAUAUGACUACAUUACAAACACAAAUAAAAGAACAUAAUAAACGAAUGAAAGAUUACAUAGAACGUAAAGCUGUUAUUAAUGUUUUAAAGAAACAAGUCAAUGAUCUUGAUGUGAAUCAAAGUAAAGAAUUCACACCAAUUAUCAAUGAUUUGGAACGUAAACUUUUAGCAUUAGAUGAACCAUUCCGUCAAAAAUUAGAAAAUUUACAACAUUUGGAAACAUCAACACAACGUAUAGUUGAAUUAACUUUAGAAGGUGCAUGGAUUCGAGAAAAAUUACAACAAAUUGAAAAUUUAUCAAAAACAUUAGAACUUGAUCCACAAAAGGCUUAUCAAAUUGGUCAAAGAUUAAUGGUGAUACAUCGUUUAGAAAGACAACUUAAAAGUCAUUUUCUUGAAGCUAAUAAUCGUAGACCUAGAGUUAAAACUUUGUGUAAAAAUAUUGAAAAUGAAUAUUGUUUAGAAGAAGUGACAAGUAUUGAAAAGAAACAACAACAACAACAAUUUCAACGACUUAUACAAGAACUGUUAGAAUUAUGGAAUAAAUUAGAUAAAAAUUUAACUUGUCUCCAUGAACGAAUCACAAUGUCCGAAUCAGUUUAUCAAUUUUUAUUCGAUGCUAAUGAAUUGGAAUCAUGGAUAUCGGAAGAAGAUUUUUAUUUACAUGGAAUAGAAAUACCUAAGAAUGAGCAAAGUGCACUGAAUAACUUGAAAAAGCAUCAGAUUCGAUCACAAACAAUUGAACAAUGGCAUGAACGUGUUAAAAAUCACAAUGAACAAGGUCAAAUACUUGUCAAACAAUUAAAAAUUCAACAAACAAAAUAUCCUGAUACAAAUAUUAUACAUGAAUCACAAUUUUAUUUAAAAUUAAUUCCAACCUGUUUGAAUAGUAUUAGUCAUUCGUACAAAAAUCUUCAAGAUAUUGUCAAUAAUGUCACGGCAAUGUUAAAAGGAAGUGCAAUCAGAUAUAGUUUAAUUCGUGAAUCUGAUGAAUUGGAGGCAUGGAUUAAUAAACGUAUUGCACUGGCUACUAAUAAUGACCUUGGUACUGAUUUAGAUCAUUGUUGUAAUUUAAGAGACAAAUUUAUGAUAUUCAAUAAAGAAACUGUACAAACAGGUUCACAACUGGUCGCAGAUUUAUCAGCUAAAUGUGUGCAUUUAAUUGCUUCUGGCAAAUCAGAUUCCGUGAUAAUUGCUUCAAUUAAAGAUAAUAUCAAUGAAUUAUGGGCUGAAUUAUUGGAAUUAAUUGAAACAAGAAAACAAUUAUUAAAAGCUGCAUUAAAUAUGCAUCGAUUUGUUAAUGAUUGUAGAGAUUUUGAAGAAAGAAUUUGUUAUCGUCUUGACAAUUUACCUGAAGCACCAUCGGAUUCCUUAGCAUCUGGACGUAAACAAGGUCUACCUGGUUUACAACGUAGUCAUAAUUUAUUAGAACAAGAACUUUUAUGUUUUGGUGAUCAAUUGAAACAGUUAGAUUUAACAACUAAACGAUUAUUACCACGUUAUGCUGGUAUCCAAGCGGAACAAUUACAAACACAUCAUGAACGUGUUCAAACAAUAUGGAAACGUUUAUUAAAAGUUGUUGAAAUUAGACGUGAUCUUUUAAAAGAAGCUAAUCGGUUACAUGAAUUUUUAGUCAAUGCACGUGAAUUAAUUUCAUGGUUAGAAUAUACCAAAGAUAUAAUGGAACAUAAAGAAAGACCAAGAGAUAUUUCUGGUGUUGAAUAUUUAAUUGAGGAUCAUAAACAAUUACGAGUGGAAUUAGAAUCACGUAAUCAACGAAUUGAAGAUUGUUUAAAUCUUGGACGGAUAUUGUUAGCUGAAUUUGCCGCUCAAGAAGAGAAAACAAUGCUGCCAACUAUGAAACCAAGUUUAAUAGCUACACGAACUGAAGUUCGUGAGAGAUGUGUCCAAUUAGCAACUGGUCGUAUUUUAUUAAAUGAAUUAUGGCGUGAACGUUGGGAUCGUUUACAUUUAUUAUUGGAAAUACGUCAAUUUGCCCGUGAUGCAAAUAGUGCAGAAAUAUGGUUAAUGGGUAAAGAGUUACAAUUAGAAUCAGCACGUCGUCAAUUAGGUGAAACAUUAGCUGAAACAUUAGCUUUACUUGGCGCACAUUAUGCAUUUCAACAAACAUUAGCAACAGCAGAUGAGAGAUUUAAUGCAUUGAAAAGAUUAACUACACUUGAAAUAAGAGCAAUGCAAUGGGAUCCACAUGAAGUUACUAUGAGAGAGAACGAACAAAGAAUUAAAGUUCGUAACGCUGUCAAAGAAUUUCUUCCCGCUUAUGUUGGACAAACUGAAACUUUGAAGAAAUCAACCUCAGUUUUACCAUCACAUACAGUUGGUGUUUCUUCAACAAAAGUCCCACUAGUAUCUACAGCCUACAUUCAACAGCCUCCAGUUAAACCACUUAGAAAACCAAUUGAAAGCAUUGAAAUGUCAGCUGUACAUCCAAAACCCAGAGCUAAAAUCCCAUCAACAUCUGACAAUAUAGCGGUAACAGUUAAGACCACAUCACCUCCCAAAACUGUAGAGUCAUACAAAAGUCCUGAAAAGAAAUUCGAGCAUCAUGAAACUAUAAUGUCUCCGAAACCUGUUAAACGGACUCGUUCUAAGCAAACACCAGAGCUAUCUGACACAAAGAAAAGUCCAGUCAUGUUAACAAAAGAAGAAAGCUUAUCUAAUGGAGAUAAGUCGGAACGUAUAAGUCAAAAAUCUGCAAGUUCAUCCGAGAAAAUCCCAAUUCAAAUUGAAAAGUCAUCCCCAAAUAAACUUCAUCUGGAAGAAACGAGAGAUGAAAAUGAUAAGACUCGUUCACUGGAAACUAUAGAUCAACCGCAUGGAUAUGAACACAAGCCUAUAACUCGAAGCCGUUCAUUAAGAGUUAGAUCUUCUCAAUCUGACUUACCAACGACUGAAUCCCCUGCUUCAACAACCAAGUUGAAAUUUUUCGAGAGUGCGGAACAAGAGUCAACUAGAUUACCUCAAGAACCUGAAGCAUCAACAAGUGAACAACCAGUUCUACCAAAGCUGGAAGGUCCGGUUAUACGAAAGCACGAUUUAGAUUCUGGCGGCUCUUUACAUUCAAAAAGUCAAGGUCGGAGCUGGUUACCACUUUAUCUUGUUCUUGAUUCGGGUCAGCUAUUUUUUUAUAAAGAUCAACAAAGUCGUAGGGAAAAACCAAACAUAUACUAUCAUGAUACGUCACCUUUAAGUUUACUGUCAUCGAGAGCUGCCGCUGCUAUGGAUUAUACAAAACGACCAUGUGUAUUUCGAUUACGUCUUGGCGAUGGUAGUGAAUAUCUCUUUCAAACUGCAAAUGAUAGUGUUCUUAAUCGUUGGGUAACAGCCAUUAAUGAAUCAGCUAAGCUGUUAGCUUCUGACGUCAGCAAACAUCAACCUGGAUAUACCUUAACUCUUCCUGUCGGAACUCAUUCUAGAAGUUUUCAAGGCAAUGGUCAUCGUCGCUCUAUUAGGAAUUUCUUUUCUUUACGCCGUAAAUCAUAAUAUUGUAUUCCAAGUGAAAACUUAACAACCUAUCUUUCGAUAUUACAAGCACUUUCAUUCUCUCAACAAACAAUGCAUAAUCAUGAAUUUGUUUUCGUUUAUUUAAAUCUUGACAUUUUUCUUUCGUUAAUAAAUAUUUUCGAAAAAUUUUCGUAACUUUUAAA